AUACCGAACAGGAAAAGGAAACUAAUCCUAAAUCGAAUUGCAGAUGAAUGUUUGGAACCUUUUGAUGACGGCUUAAAGCGUGCCUGUGAUGGCGGAAAGUGGCAACCGCGGUAUUUUUAUGACAGAUACGACCGAGAAUGUAAACUGUUUUGGUAUGAUGGAUGUCCAAGUACAAGCAGAAAUAACUUUGAUGAUCCUGCAUCUUGUAAAUGGAAAUGUGAAGGAAAGCACUCAAAUCCUCGUUCCAGGUCUUGUAUGGAUGUCUUUGACACAGCAUAUUUGAAAAAAUGUUGGUCUGGUCCGUAUGAAAAAAGAUAUUUCUUUAACCACGAAAAAAAGCAAUGUGAAUUAUUUUAUUACGGUGGUUGUAUGUCUACUUCCAAAAACAUCUUUCUUUCUUAUGAUGAAUGCGAAGAUCUUUGCGAGACACCCAGCUAUGAAUUAUUUACACUCAAAUUUAUAAUAAGUAUUUAUAAAUGCAUAAAAUUUGAUAGCACAAAAAUAAAUGACAUUUGCUUUAUUUUUUUUCCAGGAGCAUGUUAUCAACCUUUUGAUUUUAAAUAUGAAGAGUCUUGUUCUUCUGAUGGUAGUUAUAAAAUUCAAUAUUACUAUGAUCAGAAUGCAAAGCAGUGCAGGAUGUUUUGGUUCGGCAACUGCAAAAGAGACUCAGAAAACAUUUUUCCAACACUGGCAACUUGUCAGUGGAUAUGCGAACGGCGAAUACUAAACGAUAUACCCAAAAAGUGCAUCGAUAAAUUUGAUCGGCAUUAUGCUGACUCAUGUGGCCAAAGUGUCUGGAAAGAAAAAUGGUAUUUUGAUCAUGCAUUAGGUCUUUGUACCCCAUUCUGGCACGAUGGUUGUACGUCAGAUUCACAAAAUAUCUUUGACGACUUAGAAACAUGUCUGUGGCUUUGCGAAAAACCAGGUGAACUCAGAACACCAGACGACAAAUACAAAUGUGUGGAAGAUAAAAGCGUCGGAGAUUGCGAUGAAAAAUAUCCGGCAUUCUUUUACAAUAAAGAUACCCAACGAUGUGAACCGUUUGCAUAUUCUGGUUGUGGUGGUAACAACAAUCGAUUUUUGACAGUCCAACAGUGUGAAUCUACGUGUGGAAAUUUCAAGUACCUUUCCGAACCUGAAUUUGGCUGUCAUCUGCCGUUAGCAACAGGACACGGGAAAAAUGAGAGAGGGUGUCAGCAAUUUGCUGGUUUCCGAUAUUACUAUAACAAACAUUACGAACGUUGCGGCAAGUUUUGGUAUUUUGGUUGUGGUGGUAAUAGCAACCGUUUCUCGUCGUACUCACUUUGUGAACGAAUCUGUCAACGAACUAUAACAGUCCUAACUGAAACAAAACAGAAAGAACCUUCUGUAUGUUUCCUGCCAACAGAUUUUGGGAUGUGCCUAGAGGGCGUAAGCAAUGGCAGUGUAAGGUGGAGUUAUGAUAGUGUUUCAAAGCACUGUCGGUCCUUCAAUUACAGUGGAUGUGGUGGUAACGAAAAUCGUUUCGCUACGGAGCAGGGAUGCAACAAACUCUGCAGAGGACUUAUUAAACCGCUGUCUAACCAAUGUGCUCAUUAUCCGGACUGGGGUCCCUGCAAUCAGCUAAGGUAUAUGUGGUUUUAUAACAUGUCAAGCGGAGCGUGUGAAGAGUUUUUGUAUGGCGGAUGCGAUGGAAAUCCGAACAGAUUUUCUACUUUUAAAGACUGCCAAAGAAAAUCACGAAAUGUUACUCUGCCGGCAACGACUGACGUUUGUUUGGAACCGAUGGAUAGAGGAAGAGGAUGCCCAAAUACUUUGCACUUAGAAACUAGAUGGUAUUAUGACGUAGCCACUAACUCUUGUAUAGGAUAUCAUUCUGAAGGCUGUGGAACAAGUGGCAAUGAUUUCAAAAGUGAAAGGCAAUGUAAAGAGAAGUUAGUGAAAAUUUUGAAAAUUUCACUGGUGCUGCUCGACUGGAUACGGUCACCUGAACAAACCCCGAUGAAAAUGCAUCAGGUUUUAGUCGGCGAUAAAAAGUCAUAUUUUAAAACAAAGAGUCAAUGGGUACAUUAUGGCCAGUGUUUGGGCUACAGUAACAAAAAAUUUAUACCGCUUUUGAAAAACCAACAAGUAAAAGCAUACACAAAUAAAGAGGAGAAAUGUGAGGUGUUACGGCCGUGGCUGAAAGGUCUUCAUCUUUAUUCGUCAUUUUUCACUGUUCAACGGAAACCGUUAACUGCUACAAGUGGUCAUCAUCGAGUACAAUAUCCUAACGAAACUAUUGCUUCCUUGAUUGUUUUUCCGCUAAACGAUUGUCGAAGAAUUUGUUGA